UUAUCUUGAAGCUAUUAUGAAUAAUACGCAAAAGAUAUUCGAGGAUUCGCGAAUUAGCUCUUUAGAGAUCGAAAUGACCAAAUCUGGUGCAGAAAAAAAGAUAUGCAACUUAAAAAAAAAGCAGAAUUCUGAAGAUAAAGUUGUCAAAUUCCGUUGUGAUUUUCCUUCCACGCAAAUUGAGGUGAUGUUGGCAAGAGGUUGGACUCAGAUAGUCGAUCCUGAAGAUACUAAUUGGCACUUAUGGUGGUGUGAUACGGGAGAUGUGCUGCGACAGGCGCUGGAUGGAGACCAAAAGAAGUUGCGCCCUUACCAGCGGGUGCCGCACUUCCGUAACCACUAUGAGCUCACGCGAAAGAAUUACCUAUAUCGCAAUCUCAAACGUUAUAGGAAGGCCCUCAUAAGAGCUGGAAAAAUUGCCGAGGCUCGUAUCAGCGAUGUCAUGCCUGUGACCUUCGAGCUACCUAGUGACUAUCUGAUGUUUGUCGAGGAAUAUCAUAAGCAACAAGGAGCUACAUGGAUCGUCAAACCAGUAGCGAGAUCACGAGGUAAGGGUAUCUUUCUAUUUAGGAAACUGAAGGAUCUUAUAGAGUGGAAAAGCAGAGAGAUCAAAUCGCAGCAAUCGGGAGUGCCAGCUGAAAUUUAUGUUGUUCAAAAAUACAUUGAUAAUCCUUAUCUCGUCGCAGGACGAAAGUUUGAUCUACGCAUUUACGUAUUGGUGACAUCAUUUCAUCCUUUGAAAGUAUGGUUAGCUAGGGAAGGUUUUGCUCGUUUAUGUGGCCAAUUGUUUGAUCUGGAAAACAUUGACGACAACAGAGUGCAUUUGACGAAUACGGCAAUACAGCUGAAAGCAAGUCAGAAUACCGAGGGUAUCUCUUCGAUAAAAGGCGAAAAUGGGGAGUGGAGCUGUAAAUGGGCAUUGAAUAAGCUCAGGGAUUAUUUGAUAGCUUAUUAUGAGAAGGAAGUGGUUGAAAAUUUGAUGCAACGCAUUGCGGGCGUGAUAAUGGCGAGUCUACUGGCAGCACAACCAGCCAUGAUGCAAGAUCGCAACUGUUUCGAACUCUAUGGCUAACAUAUACUGCUCAGUGAUGAUCUUCGACUUUGGUUAUUGGAAAUCAACGCAUCCCCAGCCUUAACAGGCACCGACAACGAGGAUCAACGUCUGAAAUCCGAUCUGGUUGACGACGUCCUCAAUGUCCUCGACUUUGAGGGUUGCUUCAGCGGACACGAGACCAGAAUUGGGGGGCUGGAUCUGCUCUGGGACGAUGGACCAGUUUGGACCAGCUGCCCAUACCCCGGCAUUCGUACGGAUGUGAUUUCCAAUGAUCUCAGGAGACUCAACAUCUUUCUCGGAGCAAUUAAUGAUCGUCAAAAGCAGCUCUCUUUACUGAAAAGUCAGCUAAUUGAAAAACGAAAAGCAGGACAAGAUUACUCUCCCAUGGUGCAAUAUUGUUUAAAAUAAAUAGAAACAAACUUUAAGAUGUCAGAUUACGUUUAAAAAUUAUAUUUUCGAAGCUUGUUACCCAACAAAUAAUUUUCAUUCACUAGUCUUAAUUAUUAUCUCGAUAUUUAUUAUAUCUUCUAUAUAUAUAAUCACAAAAUUCUCUCAUGAAAUUUCUAACGAGUUAUUAAAUAUUCUUCGCGAAACUGUGCCACUAUGCAGAAAGAAUGCAGCUGGUGCACUCUCGCUUUUACAUCACAUAUCUUGCUCCUUCGUCAUUUUUUUCUUCGUUUCCAGCGUCAAAACUAAAUUUAGCCGAAGAAACUUGUGCGACUUCGUAACCACAUUAACCAGUCUUUUCUACUUGAUCAUAUCUAAAUAUUGUUUAAAUCAUUUAUUUAUGAUAGCAAAAAGUAUCUUGAUUAUGUCUUCAGGUUAUUUGAC